ACGACGUAAAAGGCAAGGACCUACAGUUCAAGAGGAUACAGAAAGUUGACAUAAAUAAGGGAAUUUAGAGCAAAUAUAUAUUUGAUUAGUUUGAAUUAUAAAUGAUAUCUUUACAUCACACCGCCCAGCUAUCUUGAUGCGGACGCUGGAGGCGGUAAUCUGUCUGUUUGUUUAGCUAGCUGCUAUCGAGCCUCCUGCUCUUCAAACACACCGCCUGCGGGGCGAUGAGUACGGAUCUGUUGUCGGACUUGGACAGCCGCUUCUUCGCGGAUAACCUGCUGACGAGCGAAGACUGGGAUGCCUGCCUGUUCCAGUGUGAGAGCAUGGAGGAGGGCGAGGACGGGGACUUCGGCCGAGGCUUGAAAUACGACGCAUCGUUCGACAAUGACCUCGUGCUCACCCUCGAUCCUGACAACCCUACGUCGCCCUGGCGACACCUUGACGACAACCUUCUCACAGCUGACGCUCCGGCCAUUAAAAACGAAAUGACAAUAACGCAGCCGCUGCCGGUGGAGAUGUUGUUUCAGGUGAAAGCAGAGCCUCCCUCGCCCACGUCCUCGCUCGAGUCCGAGUGCUCGGCCUCUCCACCUGACCCACAGAUCACCGUUAAAGGCGAAAAUCCUCCGACUCCUCCCUACAUGUACGGAGACGUGCUGUCGCCUCCUCUAGGGUCCAUGGAGGUUACCGUAGCAACAACAGCACCCCCAACACAAACCCAGAUUGCUGCGCGAGCACAGGGCGCCGUUUUAACCUCUGACGCCGCCUCUUUGUCUCUUUCAGUCUCUCUCAGUCCGAGCUCGGCCACGUUAAAGGCCAACACCAUCCUGAGCACCAAACCCCCCAUCCAGCCCCGACCCGUGUGCGUCGCCACCCUCCCCGUCCCCCAGACCGCCACGCCGGCCAAGGCGCUCAUACUGCAGGGCCUCCCCUCCAUGGACCAGACCAGACCUGUCGUCAUCUCUCCGUCCGUCUGCCUCGGCUCCACGCCGGCCAUCGUCAAAAUGGAGCCCGUCUCUCCCAGCAUCCCCCAGCACUGCUCCAGCCCCACGGCCCCGCCCACCAGCAAACCCAUCGUCCCGGCGACCACGACUUUGCCCGGCAACAGCUCGAACGACAUCGAUAAACCUGAGCGACGUGUUCAGUGAUGUGAAGGACCUGGUUCUGCAGGACAUCGACCGUUACUUCACCUCCUCUGACUGCCGGCAGUUCAACCGCUCCGAGUCUCUCAGGCUGGCGGACGAGCUGAGAGGAUGGGUCCAUCGACACCAGAUCGAUCGCAAGAAGUCCGGAAAGCCGAAGAUGGCCAAGAAGGCCAAAGUCGCCCAGAAAGCUCAGCAGAGGAAAACCAACUUCUCCAGAUAUCUGCCGAUCCAGACUCACCGCUCCAUAGAAAGUCAGCUGCAGGUGCUUCCUGGUCCUGAGGUCACCUACAGCGACUUCCUGGACGCCAUCGACCGCAGAGAGGACACGUUCUACGUGGUCUCGUUCAGACGG